AGUAAAGUCAGUGCCUAGCUAAGAGAAAACGGACAUGCUUUAAUUAAUAUUCGCAGUCUGGGUACAAGACACGACCUCAUUAAUAAUCGGAUUUAACGACGGACCACGUUUUGCGAACUGGGUGUGGAGAAAUUAACAUAAUCGGUCACGGUUUCAGUGGAUCUUAACGACAAAUAACUACCACAAAGCCUGCAGUUUUUCUCGUUAAAAAUCAUUUUCGAGAUGAUGUCCACACCAGUGAAAAACAUGUCGACUGAACCCAGGUACACCAUUGAGCAAAUCUCCCUACUUCACCGCCUCCUUCGAACGGGCUUGACGAAACAAGACAUCAUCCAUGCGCUGGACUCGAUGACAAAGAUGGAUGCCGAGCUACAGGCAUCGAGUCUUCCCCUGACGGGCGCGGCCACGGGGGUGGGGUGCAACUACGCUGCGAGCGCAAGACCGUCUGUGCAGAUCGUGCCGACCGCUUCCCCGGCAAAUAUGGGAAUGCAGAGAGGAACUGGGGGGACCCAGGGCAGAGAUGGUGGAGGGACGCAGGGCACACUGGGACACGAGGGUGGGGUGAAUGGAACGCAAGGCGGGGCCGGGAUCCUUCAAGGGAUGUCGCAAGAGGUCAUGUGCGGGGUGGAGAACUUCCAGAAUGUGUCGGAUGAAGAAGUGGACAUUUUGUUUCGCCGGGGGCCAAUGGCCGUCAAAUCAGAAAUCCGCGCUUUCCUGAACAAGUGGAGGCUGUCGCAGAACCAAAUCUCCAUGGCGACGGGCAUCAGCCAGAGUUACAUCUCGUCGUUCCUCAUCCACGGCUUCAUGAUGAAGCACUCCACCCAGGAGCUGCUGUAUCGAUGGUAUCUCAGCAAAAAGCGGGAGAUGGAGGACUUAGGUGGUCAACCCGAUAUUGAACACUUGGAGAAUGGGACACAUUCCGCAGCAUCCAUAGACAUGUCCCAGUCCUUCACCAGUCCCAACAAUGACAACUUCUUGCCGACGUUCAAACGCAGGGAGCGUUUCACGUGGAAGGAUGCGCACAUCCGUAUCAUGGAGAGCUACUACAGCAAGAAUCCGUAUCCCAACGACUUUGAGCGCGAGAAGAUCAUGGAGGCUUGCAACAGCGAAUCUCAGCAAUCAGGGGAAGCAAUACCGGACAGCAAAUGGGUGACAUCAUCCAAGGUGUACAACUGGUUUGCCAACAGACGGAAAGACUCCAACAGACGAAAGCGACUAAGUCAGAGACUAGAUAAUGAAGGGAGUGCUGAUGUGCAGAACGCUGGUACAGACCAACUCGCCCAAAGUGACCACACGCAUUACGCAUCUUCAAGUCCGCAGAAUGUACACGUCAUCGAAGUGCACCAAAACGACGGCGAAGACCACGAAACGGACGACCUGGCCGGCCGCGAGGUUCACGUGGUCCAAUUACAGAUGGGCGGCGAGCAGCCUCAAAACCACGGGAGACAAGUCCAACAGACGGAAGACCGGAAAUUGCAGAGCGCGAGCGACACUAAGAACUUUGGCGGAGUCAACACGAUCUACACGCUCAUUGAAGCGGUUGAAGAAAGUGACAUGAUGAAAAACUCACAGUGACUUGGAAACAGUCCAAUUGCCGCCCUCCUUUUUAAAAAAAACAAUUGGCCUGCUUUUUAAAAUAAACCACGAAAUUCAGCCCUGCCUGACCAGAGAUGUGAAUUUAAGAGCAGCGCACUUCUCAAAAAUGUGAACUUCUGAUGAGAGUACGUGCAAAACCUGAGCUUCUUUUACUUACAAAUAAAAACAUUUUAUUGUGUAAAUACAAGAUUUUACAAGACGUACAUUGUUUCUUCAUUUUUACUCGACAGGCAGAAAAAAGUGGCAAUGAUUUU